AAAAGAAGUAGAUUGUGAUAUGGGAGGGUUUCAAGCGGGCUGCCGGCUCAAGCUGAUGUGCCCAUUGGAUUGUAGCGCAACAUGAUCGAAACGCAUAUAAUUGGUGCGUCUUGCAGCUAAUAGUUCAGCUUUAGCCAUGGUCGCAGCCACAGUCCUCUCCAGCCUUGCCCUGCGCUGGCGCUAUGCCGGCGAAUCGCUGCAGGCGCGCUGGACAACGUUGCUCGAUGUCAUCGGUGAUGAUCCGAUGCACUUGUGGGUGUACGGCACCACAAUUAUCAUAUUUUUCGUCUAUUGGAUCUAUGCUGGCAUCUUUACCAUCAUGGACAUAACCAAUCGUCCGAAAUUCCUGCGCAAAUACAAAAUACAGCCGGGCCAGAAUGAGCCGGUCGACUUGGGCCGUCUGUGGCAGGCCGUGAAGGUGGUCGCAUUUAACCUGACUGUGGUGAAUUUCUUUACCACCUGGAUGCUCUACGAGGUGUCUCUUAGGCACAACAAUAUCAGCGAUAUCCGGCAAUUGCCUAGUUUUGGACGCAUCGUACGCGACUUUGUCAUCUUUGUCAUCAUGGAAGAGACGAUGUUUUACUAUGUGCAUCGCCUGAUGCACCACAGAUCCGUUUACAAAUAUGUGCACAAGAAGCACCAUGAGUGGACGGCGCCCGUCGCUGCCAUGUCCCUCUAUGCUCACCCUGUCGAGCAUGUGCUAGCUAAUCUGCUGCCAGUGGGCAUAUCCGUAUCUCUGCUGAGUACCCAUGUUGUUGUUGCCUGGGCCAUUAUAUCGCUGGCGGUCAUAAACUCAAUGAGCGAUCAUACGGGCUAUAGUUUUCCCUGGUCAGGCGGCUCUGUUCGCUUCCACGACUAUCAUCAUGCCAAGUUCAAUUACAAUUAUGGCGUUACGGGCUGGCUGGAUAAGCUACAUGGCACCUUUAGGGCCACUCAUGUCCAGAAACAGCAGCGAUCAAAACCCAAGGCCAUUAGGAGCAAGCGCAAAACAAAAUAAUUACAAUUUAUACGCCACA